GCUUUGUACCAAUAAAAGUGUUAGUGUCCAUUCCCUGCGAUGGUAGAUAAAGGUCAAGUCAUCAGCCUCUGUCGCUCCCUGCUUCGAGCGGGGCGUCAGUACCCUGACUACAACAUCAGGGAGUACGCUAAGCGAAGGACCUUGGAUGGGUUCCGCAUGAACAAGAGUCUCACCGACCAUUCUAAGGUGGAGGAGGCUUAUGCUGAAGGUAAGAAGCAGCUGGAGGUUGUGGAGAGGGUGGUCAAGGUUUACUUGGCGUAUCCUCCCAAGACCAAGAACAUCAUGGAACUCAAGCUUCAGUAGUGGAUAUGUAUGUUUUGGUUUUUUUCAAUACCCUUAAAAAGCUAUUUGUUAUUGUUAUUGGUCAUGUUUCUUAGUUCUUUCCCAACUAUGAGACAUUGCUUUGUGUGAUUCUCAUGUAAUAUUUGUGUCUUGAUGGCUUCAGACCUUUAUUGAGUGAAGAGAAGAUCAGAGAAUAAUCUUGUAUUAGAGCUGAGAUAAAGAGUCUUUGUGUUAAUUCUUAAUAAUAAAUCUCACAUGUUCUCAACG